AGAAUGGUCUUGAUGCAUUGAAUUCUCGAACGUGACAUCAGGCGGACAAAAAAUAGACUGCUUUCCUCCUUUUUCCCCAAAUUCGAUGCCCCCAUUUGUAUCGAAUCGUAAUUUCCUUUAAAUUGUUAUUAAUCAUAAAAUAAUAUAUAUUAUUUUUGGUUCAGUGAAGAUAUCGGAACAGUACAGAAUUUGAUUUUUCCUUCGGAUCUCUGGAGAUAUCAUAGUUGAGGCAGUGCAUAUAUUAAAGGAAUUGGCUAUAAUUCAUAACUCCUUGACUAAAACACUGAGAAAUGGCAGAAAAAGCAUGUGUAAAGCGCCUUCAGAGGGAAUUUAGAGAUCUUUGUAAAGAACCUGUUUCCCAUGUUGUGGCACGUCCUCUUCCGAAUGACAUCCUCGAGUGGCAUUAUGUUUUGGAGGGAAGCGAAGGGACGCCAUUUGCAGGUGGAUAUUACUAUGGAAAGAUUAAGUUUCCUCCAGAAUAUCCAUUCAAACCUCCAGGAAUCAGUAUGACUACUCCAAAUGGCCGCUUCAUGACACAAAAGAAAAUAUGCCUUUCCAUGAGUGAUUUCCAUCCUGAAAGUUGGAACCCCAUGUGGUCUGUCUCCAGCAUAUUGAAUGGACUUCUUUCAUUCAUGAUGGACAGCAGUCCUACCACAGGCAGUGUGACAACUACCGUUGAAGAGAAACAGAGACUUGCAGAGGCUUCUCUUGCUUUCAAUUGUAAGAACUCUACAUUCAAGAAACUGUUUCCAGAAUACGUUGACAAGUAUGAAGAGCAGCUUGCAGCCGAGCAACCUAAACUUGAGCAGGACACAUCUGCAGCUACUCAAGAUGGACUCUUAAAUCCUUUGUUAGAGAAACAAGGGGAAAAGGCAGAGUUGAAAAGAAUUGAAGCUCCAAAGGAGUUAAAUAACAAGAGGAAGCAGUCUUUUCCAGUUUGGUUGUUGCUGUUGCUGGUUUCCAUUUUUGGUGUUGUUAUGGCUCUGCCUCUACUUCAACUUUAGUAGACGACGAGAGUAGACUAUAACUCUGUGUGUGUGUGUGUGGACGUGUGAGCAUUUCAAGCCUUGAUUGACUCUUAAACAAAAUGAUGUCCUAGAAUUCUUAUGUAUCUAACAAGGUUUGUAUAGAGCUCAUACAAAUGACGGGCAUCAAUUUGAUCUGUUUAAUGUGGUUCACCUAACUGAAGCCAGUUGGUUUGUUCAACUUUAAGAUAAAGUGUUUAUGUUGUCCUGUAUUCAUAAUCUGCAUCUAACUAAUGCAGAUGCACGACAUAUAAACAUUUUUAUGACUAGGAGUUCAUCGUGGCAGAGUUCUUCUUUUU